GGCCUUGCUCAUUGCUUUGAGAAAGACGACAACGGAAAGCUGGUGGAUCGGUUUGUCACCGAGCCCAUCUCAGCAAACUCCCUGGAGUGCAUGGCAACGGGCGCCAAGACCUGUUUCAAGGAGGUGAAGAGCGUGACAUUUGGCGACGCAAUGGCCCGCGACAGAUCAGUCUUGCCAGAGGAAUGGGCCAGCGCCUCUUUCUGCAAUGAGUACGACUUCCGCUGCGGCGCAUGUGCUCGCACAUGGUCCCGCCUGCACGCACAGGACAACCUCAUGGACAUUGUACCGCUGGGCCGUACAAAGAACAACUUCAACUACAACCUGGACGAGAAGCGGGUGCUCAACUUUGAGAACAUGGUGAACGACGAUGACAACAUCAAGCAGGACAUCAGCAUUGACGUCUACGGCCGCGCAGAGAAGGAGGGGGGCGCUGAUGCCGAGUCAGAGGCACCGGCAGCAAAG